GCACCUCCCAAGCGCUGGUGCCGACUGCCAGUCUAAACCCGAAGAAGCGGAAGAGGCUGAAGAAGAUCAGCUGAUACACCAUCUUUCUGGGGCCCCAGCACACAGGACGAAAGCUGCUACAUCUUUACCAUCGGACUAAGAGGAAGAGGAGUCAUCCGUACAUCACCCCAUCAUUUCUUAUUCGGACGACAAUCGGAACGGAAGGGAACAAAGCAGACAUGAAGGAAUAACGCCGAGUGUCUUCAUCGGAAGCGGUGAAGAGAAUCACGCUAAUUGUGUGCUGUAGUCAUCGGCCGUCGGCUUCCAGUCUGCUCGCAACACAAAGAACGACUUUGACAGAAUGACAAGCAUCAAGUAAGCCGAGGCGUAUAAACAUACAUCCAGUCUCAAUAAGGGCAAGAUGGCGGCCCCCGUCAAUGUAAACAAAAAGAUUUAGCCGUGUGGAAGGUUAGCUAUGUUGCUAAGCUAGCCGCUUGAGGAAUAAAUAUAUGAAGUCACAACAAAGUAGAAUAAAAUGUAAUUGGAUGUGUCUGAGUGCUAUUCCAUUCCAUGUUUAAUACAUGAGGGAAGCAUCGUUUGGCUGUACGAGCAACAGCUUCAUAAUAACAACAAUAAUAAUAAUAAUAAGAAGAAGACAUUUUUCCUCAUUCCAAUAAAAACAUGAGGGACAGUGGAGAAGCAGUUAGACUGGCUUUUGAGUCCGAUGUAGAAAAUGGGCAACAGGUCAACAAUAUUCUUCACCUCUUCCUGCCAACUUACUGUCCUUGCAAUGUUCUAUGGUAGAUUGGCCCUCCAUCACCGCACAGGAUGUAUUUGUAAAAGAAAUCAUUAGAAAUAUUAGCAAACGCAAGUUGGACUUCCAUCUCGCCUCAAGUGUUGGCCUUCCUGGGAUCUUGGAGGUUGUCCCAAGUCUUCUGGACCCUCAAGGACUUUAAAUCUGGAUGUCAUGGAACUGAUGUUUGCCGAGUGGGAGGACGGGGAGAGGUUCUCAUUUGAAGACUCCGACCGCUUUGAGGAGGACUCUCUGUGCUCCUUCAUUUCGGAGGCUGAGAGCCUCUGCCAGAACUGGAGGGGAUGGAGGAAGCAGUCUGCUGGACCCACAUCUCCUAUCGUCAAGACCAAAGAUGGUCAUGUGAUUCCACUGGUGGAGCUGUCGGCAAAACAAGUGGCGUUUCACAUCCCAUUUGAGGUAGUGGAGAAGGUGUACCCACCCAUGCCGGAACAACUUCAGCUGCGAAUUGCAUACUGGAGCUUCCCUGAAAAUGAGGAAGACAUCAGGUUGUAUUCCUGCCUGGCAAAUGGGAGUCCUGAAGAGUUUCAACGCGGGGAGCAGUUGUACCGGAUCAGGGCUGUCAAAGACCCUCUGCAGAUUGGUUUCCAUCUCAGUGCGACGGUGGUGCCCAGUCAGUCGGGACAGUCGAAAGGAGCCUACAACGUGGCAGUCAUGUUUGAUCGCUGCCGCAUCACCUCCUGCAGUUGUACGUGCGGUGCGGGGGCCAAGUGGUGUGCUCAUGUGGUGGCCCUUUGUCUCUUCAGGAUCCACAAUGCCUCGGCUGUCUGUCUGAGGGCUCCAGUCUCCGAGUCUUUGUCCAGGCUGCAGCGAGACCAGCUCCAGAAAUUUGCCCAGUAUCUCAUCAGCGAGCUUCCUCAGCAGAUUCUACCCACAGCCCAACGACUACUUGAUGAGCUGUUAUCUUCUCAGUCUACUGCAAUCAAUACUCUGUGUGGCGCUCCAGAUCCCACAGCCGGACCCUCAGCCUCCGAUCAGAGCACCUGGUAUUUGGAUGAGUCCACCCUCAGUGACAACAUCAAAAAGACCCUGCACAAGUUCUGUGGUCCAUCGCCUGUUGUCUUCAGUGAUGUGAACUCCAUGUAUCUGUCAUCCACGGAGCCACCGGCCGCUGCUGAGUGGGCCUGUCUGCUAAGACCUUUGAGAGGCCGGGAGCCAGAAGGCAUCUGGAACCUUCUAUCCAUUGUCAGGGAAAUGUUCAAAAGGCGAGACAGCAAUGCCGCUCCGCUGCUUGAGAUCCUCACUGAGCAGUGCCUGACGUAUGAACAGAUCAUCAGUUGGUGGUACAGUGUUCGUACGUCAGCAUCCCACAGCAGUGCCAGUGGACACACCGGGCGCAGCAACGGGCAGUCGGAGGUGGCAGCGCACGCCUGUGCCAGCAUGUGCGACGAAAUGGUGAUGUUGUGGAAGCUGGCGGUGCUGGACCCCAGCGUGAGCCCCUGCAGGCGACUGGAGCUGGCAGGCCAACUGAAGCAGUGGCACCUUAAAGUGAUUCAGAUCGUGAAGCGCGGGCAACAUCGCAAGUCUUUGGACAAACUUUUCCUGGGUUUCAAACCUGCUGUGGAGUCCUGUUAUUUCAACUGGCAGGUGGCCUAUCCCCUGGAAGGCAUCACGUACUGCAGCGCCGAUAAAAAGACCGCCUCUUUUUGCUGGCCGAGAGGAAUGCAGCAGCACAGAGCAGUGAGAACUUCUGCGGGAGGUGUUGGGGAAACGUCUGAACCGAGAGGAGCGGAUUUUAAGGCCAGAGAAAGCGGUUAUUCACCUCAGGAAGAAGUUGUCGUGCGACCAAAGGAGACGUUAACCAAAAAGAAAGCCUUUUCAAUGAACGGUGGCGGGAGCAUGUUGGUUCGUUUGGGAGGGGCCGUCUCACUGUCCCUAGAAGAUGCAGGAGGCAAGUGUUUCUACAAGGGACCCGGUGGUUCUUCUGGGGGAAAGCUGAAAUUCAUGCAGGGCUGUGGGAAAGGGGCGGGUUUAGGAGGCUGUGGAGGAACCGGACCGGCCAAAAAUGUCAACACCAAGCGCAGAACCAGCAGUGAAGAUAGCUCUCUGGAGCCGGACCUCGCUGAACUCAGCCUGGAUGAUGGCUAUUGUCUGGCCUUGGGUGCCGAGGCGAGCAACACCUUAGAAUGCGCCCCCCCAGCACCAGAGAUCUUUCCGUCCCCCAGUCCACUGCUCCAGGAGUUGUGCAAUAACAGCAGCAGCAGCAGCAGCAGGAGCACGGCAUUGGACGUGAAACAUAGUAGCCAAACCUCAGAUGCCUGUCCUGCUGCAGAGCCCGUGGCAGCCGCCCUACAUUUCCAAGAGACACAAGUGCUUGUUGUUGAUGUUCCCGGCGGAGGAGACCACCCCUCGGAGCAGGAGGGGGGGUCGGUCAAGGACAAAGACGGCAAUUCAGACUGCAUUCACCAGCCUUUAGCUCAUUCAAGGAAUUCUUCCUUUCCUACCAAGCCGGCCCAAGUCCAUAGCGAUGGUCCAAAGCUGUGCGAUGGAAAAGAAGCAGCAGCACCGGCUGCUUGUGCGUUACCUCACCAAGAAGCGGGUGCGGUGGGCGUGGCGGUGGGCGUGGUCGUGUGCGAGGACGACUAUCAGGCCUACUACAUGAGCCCUGCUUCGGAGGAGGGAGCCGAUCGGCAGCUGGCUGACAACCACCAGGAGGAGGAGCCAGACAUCUUUGCGGGGAUCAAACCGCUGGAGCAGGAGGGGCGUAUGGAUGUGCUAUUUGCGUGUGCCGAGGCCCUCCAUGCUCAUGGAUACAACAACGAGUCAUGUCGACUGGCUGUGGAUUUAGCCAAUGAGCUGCUAGCUAACCCCCCUGACCUGAAAGUGGAACAGCCACAGACCAAGGGUAAGAAGAAUAAAGUGUCGACAGGUCGCCAGACGCAGGUAGCCACCAACACACUGUCCAAAGCGGCCUUCCUCCUCACCGUGCUCGCUGAACGACUGGAACUCCACAAUCUUGCCUUCAACACUGGCAUGUUCUCCCUGGAACUCCAGAGGCCACCGGCGUCCACCAAAGCUUUGGAGGUGAAGCUGGCUUACCAAGAGUCGGAGAUCGUGGCUCUGUUGAAGAAACUUCCUCUGGGCCUUGUGGAAAUGUCCGUCAUCCGAGAGCGAGCCGAGCAACUCCGGGAUGGAAACUUCUGUGGCUACAGACCGGUGCUUCCUCUCAUGUUGGCCAGCUUUAUCUUUGACGUCCUUUGUUCCCCAGUCGUGUCCCCAACUGGCUCCCGCCCACCGAGCCGCAAUCACAACAGCGAGAUGCCUGGGGAUGAGGAGCUUGGCUUCGGGGCUGCAGUUGCUGCACUUGGGAUGAAGACAACAGUGAGCGAAGCAGAGCAUCCUCUGCUUUGUGAAGGAACCAGAAGGGUGAAGGGAGAUCUUGCUCUUGCCCUCAUGAUCACAUACAAGGACGACCAGAGCAAGCUGAAGAAGAUACUUGAUAAAUUGUUGGACCGAGAGAGUCAGACCCACAAACCUCAAACGCUGAGCUCCUUCUACUCCAGCAAGCCUGCGGCUGGAAGCCAACGUAGCCCAUCUAAACACGGCCCCUCAUCUUCCUCCGCGGCCAAUUUGGUGGCGCCCUCUUCCGGCUCCUCCUCUACCGUGGCACUGGCCUGUGAAGAACUGGAUGAGCCCAAAACGGUGCAGAACAGCACAGCGGCACAGAGUGCUUCUGAGUGUGUCUCGGAGGGCAACCCGAGCGAGCAGCAAAACGACUCGGCCCCAUUUAAGCUGGACGCCACUGUGCCGAGCCGCCUGGCGCUGGGAGCACGCUGUGGAUAUAGCCAACGCUGCUGGGGCUCUCCUGUCCGACAGAAGAAGAAACACACUGGCAUGGCGAGUAUCGACAGCAGCGCUCCGGAGACCACCUCGGACAGUUCGCCCACUCUCAGCCGGCGGCCAUUACGUGGUGGCUGGGCCGCAACAUCCUGGGGGCGGGGCCAAGAUAGCGACAGCAUCAGUAGUUCCUCAUCUGAUUCGCUGGGCUCCUCCUCUUCCAGUGGAUCUCACCGGGGAGGGGGCGGGGCCAGGGCCAAGAGUACGGACACCAGCAGGUACAAAGGGCGUCGUCCGGAAUGCCACGUGCCCCACGUCCCCAACCAACCCUCAGAGGCCGCAGCUCACUUCUACUUUGAGUUGGCCAAGACGGUGCUCAUCAAAGCCGGAGGAAACUCCUCUACCUCCAUUUUCACCCAGCCUUCAACCAGCGGGGGGCACCAGGGACCCCACAGAAACCUGCACCUCUGUGCCUUCGAGAUCGGCCUGUACGCUCUCGGUCUGCACAACUUUGUGUCUCCCAACUGGCUGUCCAGAACCUACUCCUCCCACGUGUCAUGGAUCACUGGUCAAGCCAUGGAGAUCGGCAGCGCUGCCCUCAACAUCUUGGUGGAGUGCUGGGACGGUCACCUCACACCUCCAGAAGUGGCGUCGUUGGCCGACCGCGCAUCGCGAGCCAGGGACCCCAACAUGGUCCGUGCUGCCGCCGAGCUGGCUCUGAGCUGCCUGCCUCACGCUCACGCCCUCAAUCCCAACGAAAUCCAGAGGGCUUUGGUGCAGUGUAAAGAACAGGACAACACGAUGCUGGAGAAGGCCUGCAUGGCGGUGGAGGAAGCAGCCAAAGGUGGAGGCGUGUACCCGGAGGUCUUGUUUGAGGUGGCCCACCAGUGGUACUGGCUCUACGAGCAGUCCUUUGUGGGAGCCUUCAGCCAGCACAGGGAGACCCCCGAACGCUGUGGGGCCAACGGAGGCGUUAACAGGAGGCCCCCGGAGUCCAGCUGCGGCGUCUUUGACGGCGGACCCAACGUGGAGUCGACCGGGGUGGCGGUCACGGGUUCUGUGGCCGCAGCGGCCGUGGUACCGGUCAUCUCCGUGGGCUCCACCCUCUACCAGCCCCACGGCAUGACCGGCCAGGCCAUGGCCCACGCCCACGCCCUCCACCCCUACGCCACCAUCCAAGCCCACGUGCCCGCAGUCUGCACUCCGCAAUAUUUGGGACACCCUCUGCAGCACGGGCCCAGGCCCGCCGUUUUCCCCAUGGCCGGGGGUCCAUACCCGCAGGGCAUGCACCCGGCCUUCAUCGGGGCACAGUACCCGUUUUCCGUGGCCACGGGUCCCCAGCCUUCCAUCGCCGCCACUGCUGUAACCUUCCCUGCCAUCCCAGUACCAUCCAUGGCCCAGAUUUCCUACCCCUACCACGCCGACAGCAGCCUGCCAAUCAGCACCACCGUAGCGGUUGGCAGCAUCCACGCCGGCUCCGCCAUCCAGGCCAUCCAGGGCGCCUCCCUGACCCCCCUGUCCCCCCAGCCCAGCCCCAUGAUCAGCACUCCUUUCCCAGUGGAGGAGGACCAGCACAGCCAGCCAAUCAGCCAGCAGGGCCUCCACUACCUGCACUCCGCCUACAGAGUUGGUAUGCUAGCGUUGGAGAUGCUGGGAAGGAGGGCUCACAACGACCACCCAAACAACUUUUCCCGAAGCCCGCCCUACACGGAAGACGUGAAAUGGCUCCUGGGAUUGACCGCGCGUCUGGGCGUCAACUACGUGUACCAGUUCUGCGUGGGAGCGGCCAAAGGCGUCCUGAGCCCGUUUGUCCUCCAGGAGAUCAUCAUGGAGGCCCUGCAGAGGCUCAACCCCGCCCACAUCCACGCCCACCUGCGGACGCCCGCCAUACACCAGCUCAUUCAGCGCUGUCAACAGUUCUACCUGCAGUACAUCCACCACAGGCUCAUCCACCUCACCCCCGCCGACUACGACGACAUGGUCAACAUCAUCCGCAGCGCCCGUGGUGCGUUCGGGCUGACGGCGGUGGGUGCGGUGCAGUUCAACGACUUGCUUCAGAACCUGAAGAGAGGAAAACAGACCAAGGAGCUCUGGCAGCGCAUCUCCUUGGAGAUAGCCACCUUCUCUCCUUGAACACUUGGGAUCCAUCCAGACACAUUCCCGGUCCCUGGUCCCUUCCCGCCCCCCCCCCCAGUGAUGUGAACACACACAGCACACACACACACCAUCACCUCCUGUUCUCCGUGACUGACGGAGAAUGACUUUCUCUCUUCUGCGUCACGUCUCCAGGGACUCGUCUCACACCGUCGUCCAUCUUUAACUGUCAUUUUGUGGAACUGUAACUUUUGGUUUCCUUUCUUUUAGCUUAAAAAGACCACAUUGACCAGGAGGACUCUGGUGUAUUGUUUGCUUUUCAAGAUCAUGCUGGGCAGCCGUGUGAGGACACCACGGACGUGUAAGGACACCACGGACGUGUGUGGAUCUCUGGCAGCUUGAAGAAGCCACGGACUGAGAGGAAAGGCAAGGUCGGUGAGGACGUUGCAUAUUCACGAGGAUCUACUUUUUUUAGGAUUUACUUUGAGAUGGUGUCAUCAUCUUGUGAAGGUCUUGUAUGGAUGAAUAUUUACGUUUAGCCUACUAAUGGGAGCAAACGUCCACAGAGCCCGCGGCCACUUAGCAACCACUAGCCCGCUUUUCCCCAACUUGACCACCAUUGUCAUAUCCGUAGGCCGUGUGAGGAAUAUCAUGGUUUGGGAUGUUUUGUCCAAAGCAGAUCAAAUGCAAAUGUUGAAUUAAAAAAACUGUUUUCAAAAAA